CCGAAAUCGACCAGUAGCCAACGACACGUGGCCACCUAUCUAAUGUAGGCACUAGCCGCUGACGUCACAAGCUCUGCGCAGCGCCUGGGGGGCAGGACACACCCACGAAGGAGAAAAAACAAAAACAAAGCCCAAUCUCAACAAAAACGUCACGCUCAACCAACCCUAGAGAUCUCACACAGAUCACGCAAGCCCGAAUCAAUGGCGCGUAAAUCAAUCGCCAGAAACGAGCGACGCCACAGAAUCUGGUCUGCCCCGAAUGCCUCGCGAAGAUCGCACAGACCUGAUCUCACACAGAUCACGAAAGCCCGAAUCAAUGGCGCGGAAAUCAAUCGCGCAACCCUGGCAGAAACGAGCGCCGCCACAGAAUCUGAUCAGCCCCGAAAGCCUCGCGAAGUUCUCGCAGACCCGAAUCAAUCACGCAUAAGUAAACUCGCACCAGCUCAUCCUGAUCGCGCAGACCUUAAUGAAGGGCGCGAGAAUCAAACGGAUACCGAUCCGGAAGUCGAGCAGAUCUGAGCCAGUCAAACGGAAAUCAAACAGGCGGCAUUCGCAGAAUACCUCCUGGUGGGGGGCAAUUGUUGGGCAUGUGUCUCGGAUCUCACCGCGCCAAACAAGUCCACAACGUUCAGGCGAGAAACAAGCGUGCGAUCUCUGGCACUAUUGAGAAACAUAUCCAAAAGCUGCACUCGAACACCAAACGACGCCGCUUGGUCAGACGUUGACCUUGACGAGGGAACUAUGAAAGCGGCGGCGCGCCCUUUCAAGAGUAGUCACCGUCAUAGUAGUCACCAUCAUAGUCCUAGGUAUAGUCAUAGGUUAAAAUUCCUUUUUUCUAGGUAUGGAUGUGACCUGUGCUUCUGACAUGUCAGCAGUCAUGUCACCAUACUCCCAUGUAUCUCACCCACCACCAUGUAGCCUAUAAAUAUGGCAUUUAUUC